AUAAUCAUUAAGUUCUAUUCUUUUCCGUUUUCCAAUCCCCCGACAAUGGCGGAUACUCCGAGCGUUACCCAAGACCCUCCCAGGACCGGUGGCAGAGUGAGCAACGGCGAAGAAAACAAUCGUGGACGUGUCCCCGCUUCGAAGGCUUCCAUCGAAGCGAUGCGGAGGAUGAAAGUGGAAGGGGGCGGCGAUUGUUCGAUCUGUUUAGAAGAGUUUAAAGAGGAUGAGGAAGGUAGUGAGAUGCCAUGCGAGCAUGUAUUUCAUUCGGAUUGCGUGGAGAAGUGGCUGCGGAUGAAUGGGUCAUGCCCGAUUUGUCGGUUUUUGAUGCCGGCUGAGGAAGGCGGUAGUAGUGGGUUGGAAUCGGGAGGUAGGCCGAUUGAUCCAGAAUUGAGACAAAUGCUAUUAAGAGUAUCAAGCUUGGCUAAUUCCUUAGGUUGGAUGGUUUCGGGUCAGAGUCAGGUGGCGCGUGAAGUUGAUGAUGACGAUGAAUCAUUAGCUCAAGAUAUCCAUUGACCCAAGCCUCCAAACAAACAAAUCGGAGUUUAUAUUUGAAGUUGUUGAGAUUAUGAUGUUUCACUAUGUCAUCUCUUUUGUUUACCUCGAAUGAGCACGGAUCAUGUAUUUCAAGAUGAAUAUGCAAUCAUUAUGAAAUUCAAAUUUCUAUUCGUUUCAAAA